AUGGCUCAUCCCACGAGGAAUAAUCACUCUAGCAAUGGAGAUGGGAAUUGCACCUCUAACAGUUUACAAUUUAAUGGAAUUUUUAGUGGUGGACCACCACUCCGCUUAUCACAAAUACAAUUAACCCUUGAAGAAGGGAGAGCUCCUGAGGAAGUUGAUAAUCUUGACGAAAUGGAUCCCCGUACAAUUGAUUGUGAUCCAAAUAGCCCUGGUAUCAAUCCAAUGAUAAAUAUUUACGAAUUUGCCGAACUAGUGGAUAAAGCUUUAUCGUGUGGAUUGACAACUUAUGUUGAGUUGUUUGGCUCGGAGCUUGGAAACCUAUAUUACCCUAGCAAUGAUGUAGAUCCAUAUCUGAAGGAUAAUGGUCAUGAUGAUUCUGACGAGGAGGAGGAUAAAACCAUAAAACAGGAUGCUGUCUUCGUUUGUGCACGCAAUGAGGAUGUUGUCGGUUGUCUUGAGACAAGUAAUAAAAACGCGACAGAUGGUGAUUCUAACAUGUUUUGUCACCAUGAUAUCAACAUCCCAGCAUUUCCACUAUGCACUGCAUGGCUUGAUUGCCCGCUUAAAGGUGGAGACAAAGGGAACUUCGUCGCUGUUGGCACAAUGGAUCCGGCUAUUGAAAUAUGGGACCUUGAUAUUAUGGGUGCAGUUCAGCCAUCUUUUGUAUUGGGUGGCACCAUAGAGAAGAAAAGGGGAAAGAAGAAAAUAAUCAAAUAUGCGACUGGUAGCCACACUGAUUCAGUUCUUGAACUUGCUUGGAACAAGGAAUACAGGAAUAUACUUGCCAGUGGGAGUGCAGACAAAUUGGCUAAGAUUUGGGAUGUGACUACCAGGAAAUGCAACCUAACCAUGGAUCACCAUACAAACAAGGUCCAAGCUGUAGCAUGGAAUCGUUUUGCACCUCAAGUCCUUCUCACCGGAUCUUUUGAUUGUUCGGUAGUUAUGAAAGAUAGCAGGAUACCCUCUCACAGUGGAUUUAAAUGGUCAGUCACUGCUGAAGUUGAAAGCUUGGCAUGGGAUCCGCACACUGAACAUUCUUUUGUGGUAAGUCUUGAGAAUGGUAUGGUUAUGGGUUUUGAUAUUCGCACUGCUAGCUCUGAUCCCAAGCCAAGUUUCACUCUCCAUGCCCAUGACAAAAAAGUUUGCACAAUUUCAUACAAUAGCUUGGUCCCAAAUUUACUUGCAACUGGUUCCAUUGAUAAGACAGUGAAACUCUGGGAUUUAACGAACAACAAGCCUUCGUGCAUUGCAUCGCAGAAUCCAAAAGCUGGAGCUGUAUUUUCAGUUUCCUUCUCAGAAGAUGCUCCGUUCUUACUGGCCAUUGGAGGCUCCAAGAAAAAGCUGAAGAUGUGGGAUCUAUUAUCAGACACCGGGGUCGCUGGAAGAUAUGGAAAGUAUAUCAAUGAGCUAAGGCGCCGCCCACAAUCCUGAAGGAUACGACUCAGUUUCAAGUCGGGAUGAGCAAGAAGUUUUGGCAGGCCGGUUAGGCAUACGACCUGGAAAAUCCAAUUACAAUUAGUCAAUGCAAAAUAAAAUAAAAUAAUAAUAAUAAUAAUAAUAAAUCAAAAUUUUUAGUUUAGUGAAGAUAAUCUUCAAUAUAAUAGCACCCUGCGGGGAAGAAGAUUGAGUCGUGUCAAUUUUCCAAUUUUGAGCAUGAACCUGCCCACUAAAGUAAAUGAUUGAAUACACCGUGUUUUGGUUUUUGACCUUUAUGAUUGCAGGAUUUUGUUUCAUGAAAAAUACUGGUAGUUCUGAUUAAUUAAAAUUCUGUUUAUACAGUA